AUGCCUCCGCACAACACCGAGCCGCCGAGCUACUACAAGCAACUCGCCGGGCUCUACCUCUCCGAACUGAAAGCCUAUAAGACGCAAGUCCGGAAUUGCGCAUUGGCGUGCCCCGGAAAUCCGCACGUCACCGAGAUGGUUGAUUUCCUGCGCGGCUAUUCGGACUUUAUGAUGGCCAUCCGGGAGCAGCUCCUAAAUUCCUCGCUGCUUCCGUCCACUUCCGCUGCAACACCAUCAGCUACCAUCCCGGACCCGAUCUCUGAUGACACCGAUUUGGCGUUGUACGACUUUGAUUUGGACCCUGAUACAAUGCUAGUCCUUCAGCAGGACCUCGAAGCGACACUCGGCUGCCAAUUCACCGAAUCGAAUCUGGAUCCUGAGCCCGAAAACGAUCCUCCUGUCAAUGCACCAGGGCCAGCGACCACCCCUCGAACGCCUCCGUCUCCGGGAAGACGCGGAUUCAGGAUGCGCCCGAAUGGCGAUUUCGGCUCGCCUGUCGAUAUUGUUUCGAUUUCUGCAGAUUUUGAAAACCUUAGCAUCGAAAAUGUCGCACCAGCUGAUCCCGGGCCAAAGAAUGGAUCAGAAAUACUAUACAAUCCGUCGGCUACGAUACUAAAAUCUUCAGAAAACCAACAAGAAGCGAUCCCGGUGAACUUUCGCAUAAGGCGGCUGACGAGAAGGAUUGGAAUUCAU